UGUGUAUGUGACGCGUUCCGCGCGCAGCCAUGAUAACUGCAUUUGUUGAAAACAUGGACACCAGAUCUCGUCAUUUUACUCUGUUUUACAUCGUUUUUCUCACUCUUACGUGCCAUUUCGCGCAAGGAGAGGACACUCUCGACUGCCCUGCAGAUGGACGCACGUGGUUGCCGUUCAACGGAGACUGCUAUCACUUCGUCCAUGGAAAAGAGGAUGUCGCCAAAAGCUACACCCUUCAAGAUGCAAAAUACAUGUGCAGAGGAUUUGAUCUCUUGACAGUAAAAAGCGCCAAGGAAAAUGACUUCAUCAUUACGUACAGUCCUUCUGUAUGGAAGGAUAAAAUGAGAGUCUGGCUUGGAAUGUCCUACGACAGCGAUGAAGAUGUCUUUAGGUGGAAUGAUGAUAACAGCGUGUUGGGCUUUAGUAACUGGGAGGACGGUGGCAAUGAUGACACUGAUCUGCCCUUAAUGGACACGUGUGUCGUUCUUCACUCCAACACAGGGAGAUGGGAAAACGUCAGCUGUAUGGAUGAACCUGAGAACGGAGUAGUGUGUAAGACGAAGGGAGUCUGGAUAAGCCGACCAAAGGGCAAUCCUCUUCUGUCAGCUCUGGUUAUCCUCAGCGUGGUGCUGAUCCUGGUCGUUUCUGCGGUGGUUUGGUUCUUUCACCAAAGAAACAACAGUGGUUCAUCCCUCCUAAACCUGAUCGAGUACCACCCGCCCUUCAGAUCCCCUUCCAGCGAUCAGGCCUGCUUGGUAGAAGCUGAAGAAGUCGAAGUGGUACCUUAGUGAUUUUCAUCCGUGCCCAGGUUACAUAAGAGAUUGUGAACUUUUCCCUUUUCACUGGUUCCUCAGCGACGAUCCACGCAGAACAAAACGAGGCAGUCGCAACUCAAAUGAUCUCUUUUUCUGGGGUGGAAUUGAGGACUGUUGCAGGGAAAUACGGUCUGUCUGAAUGCCGUGUGUGAAAUAAAUGUAAAACAGUUGCUGGGGUUUUAUUACACAGGAAAAUUAAGCACAUUGAUCUUUCCUUCUUAAAGACUCAACUGUUUAGUGACACUAUUUGCUUUACUAAUAUUUCCUCUGAGCUGCAUCAUGACGCUUUCUUGAGAUUAGUUUCAUUGUGUCCUUAAAGCUAAUCAUGUCCACAGGCUGAAAAGCUAAAAGUCAGAAAUGAAUCUAAAUUUUAUUUUCUUUGUAUCUCUUUCUCUCUCUCUGUAUGUGUGUGUGUGUGUGUGUUAUAAUUUGGUUAUGUGCUCUUGUGUGUGUGUUUAAAUAUAAUCAUACUCAGAUAAAAUUUAGUCAGAAAAAUAGUAAUAUAUAUAUUGCUCUGCUCUCAUCUUCUGUUAUUUUUUCUGAGAAAUAAUUGAUAAUUAAUUGAAAUUGACAAUUGAUUGCAGCUCUUUUCCAUAAAAUAUUUCAUAGUGACCACUAUCAAGCACCAAAACGCUGUAUAUGCUGCCAUAUAUUUUUGUGCACUAUAAUUUGAUUUGUUUGAAAAACAGAGUGAAGUUUUAAGUCCAGUUUUCAAGUCCAGUUUAAUCUUGUCCUUAUUGUAGCUCCUGAAGCUUUGGGAUCAUGUGGUAAUGUUUUAUGUGCCAAAUUUGCAUCCAUUUCUGUUCCGUUGUGAGAUUUACAAAAAUGGGAAGUUCUGUCAGAUUUCUUCCUGGCAUUAGGACCAGUAUUUAUUUUCUGGCUUUCUUAGAUUAAAGGGUUAAAAUUCUGUGUUUGUCACUGCUAGCACUGUAUAAGCAACUCAAGUUUUUUUUAGGAUAUGAAUAAUGAAUGAUGAUUGCCAAUCACUAUUUUAUAAAUGUUGUUGUAAUUGUUUUUUGUUUUUCUGUUUGGGUUUGCCACUAACAGUCUUCUGUAUCUAUAUUGUGAAUGAAUCCAAUUGUGUAAACAUUGAUUAAGGCUUUAUUAUCCAUACAUGAGCAAGCCAUUUCUCAAAGAGAAACUAAUCAAGUGUUGGUCUUUCAAAACGAAUAAAGAUUCGUCAAACA